AUACCAUUCAAAAUAUUAUUACUGAAGAAAUUUGUGGACGACUUAUUCAUGGCUAUACCGAAAAAUGAAAUAGCGAAUAUAUUAAAAUAUUUCAACUCUCACUCGAAAAAUUUGCAAUUUACCAUAGAGAAAGAGGAUAGUGAACAAUGUGUACCCUUCUUAGAUACAAGGGUACACAGAGAUGAUACGACUAUUAAGUUGAAAUGGUACAGAAAAGAAACUCAUUCUAACAAAAUGCUACAUUAUUAUUCAAACCACAACAUAAAUACAAAAAUAAAUGUAAUAAAACAGAUGAAAACUAGAGUCGAGAGAAUUUGUCAUGAAUCAUACAUCAGAGAAGGAAUAAACAAUCUUAUGGAAAUUUUCAAACAGAAUGGUUAUCCAAGAGGUUUAUUAACAAAAUUGUUGUUUUCAAGUAACAUAACAGACCAACAACAGACAAGAAAUACUGAAACAACAGAGGAAAUCCAUUAUGCAUCAUAUCCAAAUAUAAAUGGUUUAACUGGAAAACUGAAAAGAAUAUUUCAAGGUGAAAACGUCAAAAUUGCAGUACACAAUCAAAAGACCGUGAAAAACUUAUAUUCAAGACUGAAGGACCCGAUCGAAACGGCCGUCAAAAGCAAUGUGGUUUAUGAGGUGAAGUGUGAAAAUUGUGAACAAACUUAUAUAGGACAGACAUCACAGUGGAUUAAAAGGAGAAUGGCAUUACACAAAUCGGAUAUCACUAAACAUCCAGAACGAUGCGCACUAGCAUCCCACGCAUUUAAUCUUGACCAUAGGGUAAACUUUGAAGACGUGAAAGUACUGAAAACAGAAAAAAAUUAUCGAAAAAGAUUGGUUUUAGAAAUGAUUGAAAUCAAUAAAAAAGAGAAUACAAUUAAUAAGAAAACGGAUACAAAUAAGUUAAGUUCCAUUUAUCGUUAUUUGUUGGAAAAAUCGAAAGAAAGGGAAAACGAAAUAUUCUUCGAUGGUCCAGUCGACGAAUAACACCAUAGAAUGGCAGACUGUCAAACUAACAAAUUGAACGGAUUUUGGAAUUUUAUACCUUGACAGAUAUCAACAAUCGGAUUAGUUUUUAAAUUUUUCUAACAUUGUGUUUCAUAAGUGUUUUUAUAAAUAGUAGUUGCAUUCAAAAAAUUGUAACUCAAUGAUGAUUACUGAAAAUGUUUAUAGCUAGGCAGAUUUCUUUAACAUAACCUCAAAUUCAAGGCCCCGAAGAAGAAUUAAAUUGAAUUCGAAAGCUUGGCGAAGAAUGAAGAGUCUCACUUAAGAUCCCUCCCAAAAAAACGAGUCGUUUUACCCUUAAAAUUCUACAAUUAUAAUUUAAAAGACUCUUAUAAUUUAAAUUCAAGUAAAUACAAUGGGUUUUUAUGAAGACAUCACACUCAGCUAUGGUUCUGAAACAACAAAGGAACUUAAAUCGUGGAGUACUAACAACCGAAAAUUAGCCUCAGCUUUAAACAGAAGGAUAUUUCUAUUGGAGUGUAAACGACAAGGACUCACACCAAACCACAUAACUGAUAAUGUUAGAAGUAUAAUGGGAUUGUUCGAAUACGAUAACCUAAGAUUGAAUAAAAAAAUUCGAGAUUUCAAUGACAAAACCAAAAGAAAAAUUUUAAACCUGGAACUGUGCCAAGUCAACCACAAAAUUAACAAACUAGAGUCAGCCAAUAAGAACAUUAAGAACAAAUUACAUCAUUUGCCAGAAGACAUGUUAAGGCAAUAUCAACACCGACUGAGAAUAUCGUUUAAUAGGAA